AAAAGGUCCACACUCCAAGAGGCGCGCAUCUCUUUUCCCCUGUCAUUUUUUAUCCACCUCAUUAGCUUACUGCUUUGAAUACCUAGCUGAAGAGCAAAUCACUGAAUAGCAUAGGUAUUCUUGCUUUCAGGAAGCCAUGGAUAUAGAGCCUGAAAGUGCAGAUCCAAUCAGUUUACCCGACCCAGCUCCCUCCGACCUAAGUGCCAGUCAUUUCAAUGUGUCGGCAUUUGUACAGCCUCCCAUGGAUAUUGGUGAGAAGAGUGAAGAAGCACGGGCCAGCAUCGCGACACCAGGUCGAUCCGGCCACGCUGCUGGUAUUCAAUGGGAGCCGGUCCAUGAGCAGGAAUUACAAAGGCCACAAGACAUGCUGGCAACAUUUGAAACACCAAGAAGAAGAAAGCAGGCAAAGGUAAAAAAGAUCAACAAAUGCAAGCUAUCAGAUCAAAGCAAUGCACCUGUAUACACCAAGGGUAACACAAUCAGUCCUAAUAUUUAUUUCAGUAAAUAA